UGUAUUUUUUUAAAUUUCGUAUGAGAAACAGUAUAACUUUCCACGAACUACUUUUGUAUCGCAUAAUUUGCGACAUGUUUAAAUUGAUACCAUUUUCAUAUCAGUUUUGUGCACUGGGAAAUUCCUAUGAUGUGAUUGCAGAUGCGUGCCGAGAUAAAACGGAGCUCUUUAGCUUUCUGGACUCUAAACAAUGGAGAAGUUUCAGGCGCAACGUUGAGAGUUUCCUGAGGUGCGACUUCGCAUACUAUCAUAUAUAUUAUUGGUUCAUCCUAAUAUUUAGCUUAUAUGGAGCGAUGCACAGUCUUUUUAAUUUCGGACGUUUAAUUUUCACCAAGGAAGUGAGUAGUAAUUCCUUAUGGCACAACCAUCGAUUCAAUGUACUGCCGCCAAUUGUGAUCAGAAGAUUAGGACUUGUGAAGGCCUUUAUACAGAUUAAUGUUUGGUCGACAUUGUUGUAUGGUGCUUUAUUUGUGUCACCUAAUCACAUGGCUCCUUGGUUGUGGGGCCAUCUAGUGAUAAUCGUUUUUAAACUGGCAGCUGCAAUUUUAAUGCGCAUAAGAGGUCAACGACUUCGGACCACAAUCUAUCUUAUCGUUUACAUGCUGACCAUCUGGCUUGUACGUCAGUCGAUGAGAGCAUUUUUCAUAGCCCUGGAACAGGAGACCCAAGAAAAUCUAAUGCUCUACUUGCCAAUUAUACAACCUUUAUUACACUAUGGAAAUAGCUUUGUAAUAUGAAUACAAAAAUUAUUAUGUUCACUUA